AUGUUAGAUAUCAAUCUUUUUAUUGAAGAAAAGGGUGGUAACCCGGAAUUAAUUAGACAAUCUCAAAAAGCCAGAGGGGACCGUGUUGAAAUUGUCGAUGAAAUCAUUGAAGAUUACAAGAACUGGGUUAAGACUAGAUUUGAAUUAGAUGAAUUAAACAAGUCUUUAAACAAAUUGCAAAAGGAAAUAGGUUUGAAGUUUAAAGCUAAGGAAAAUGCAUCUGCAUUAUUAGCUGAAAAGGAUACUUUAACUGCUAAGAAGAAGGAAUUGACUGAAAAGGAACAAAAGGAAGAUGAGGACUUAAAAAAGAAAGUUUUCUCCGUUGGUAACAUUGUUCACCCAUCUGUUGUAGUAUCUAACGAUGAAGAAAACAAUGAGUUAGUUAGAACAUGGAAACCAGAAGGUUUGGAAGAUGUUGGUCCAGUUGCCUCUGCUACUGGCUCUUCAGCUAGCUUAUCUCACCACGAAAUUUUAUUAAGAUUAGAUGGUUAUGAUCCAGAUCGUGGUGUUAAAAUCUCUGGUCACAGAGGUUACUUCUUAAGAAACUAUGGUGUCUUCUUAAACCAAGCUUUGAUUAACUACGGUUUGAACUUUUUAGCCAAGAAGGGUUAUGUUCCAUUACAAGCUCCAGUUAUGAUGAAUAAGGAAGUCAUGGCCAAGACCGCUCAAUUAUCUCAAUUCGACGAAGAAUUAUACAAGGUUAUUGACGGUGAAGACGAAAAAUACUUAAUUGCCACCUCUGAACAACCAAUCUCUGCUUAUCACAGUGGUGAAUGGUUCGAAAAACCACAAGAACAAUUGCCAAUCAGAUAUGUUGGUUACUCUCAAUGUUUCCGUAGAGAAGCUGGUGCCCAUGGUAAGGAUGCCUGGGGUAUUUUCAGAGUCCAUGCCUUUGAUAAGGUUGAACAAUUCGUAUUAACUGAGCCAGAGAAAUCAUGGGAAGAAUUUGAUUUAAUGAUUGGUAACUCUGAAGAAUUCUAUCAAUCUUUGAAAUUGCCAUACCGUAUUGUUGGUAUCGUCUCUGGCGAAUUAAACAAUGCUGCUGCUAAGAAAUACGAUUUAGAAGCCUGGUUCCCAUUCCAAAAAGAAUAUAAAGAAUUGGUUUCUUGUUCCAACUGUACGGAUUAUCAAUCUAGAAACUUAGAAAUUAGAUGUGGUAUCAAGAAAAUGGGUGACAGAGAAAAGAAAUAUGUUCACUGUUUGAAUUCUACUUUGUCUGCUACUGAAAGAGCCUUAUGCUGCAUUUUAGAAAAUUAUCAAACUGAAGAUGGUUUGGUAGUCCCAGAAGUCUUAAGAAAAUACAUUCCAGGCGAGCCAGAAUUCUUACCUUACGUUAAGGAGUUACCAAAGAACUCAACUUCUAACAAAAAGAAAUAA